AUGCGGGGGUUCCGCAUCGGUGUCAGCCCGUGGCUGUGCCGGGAGCCACACGCCCCUACAAACAGGGGUUCAGCGCCCCCGCCCCGCCAGAUCCGGCCGCUGAGCCGGCUCCGGCCCAGAGCUGCAGGCAGCGCCUGGUCAGGGAAUCCCCUCACGGCCGGCAGCGGCUGGAGCGCGUCCGCACGCCGGGGGAUUUACUUUUCCUCUUCCUCCUCCUCCUCCUCUUCCCGCUGCCAGCCGAGCCCCGGAGCGAGCUGGAGGCGCCCGCGGCAGCCCUGGGGUGCGGAGCCGCCUGCUCCUGGGCCGCGCUCCCCCCGGGGCUCCAGCACCCUCACUGCCCCUGGGCCGCCGGCGCUCCCCCCGCCGGGCUCCCGCACCCUCACUGCCCCUGGGCCGCUCCCCCCGCGGGGCUCCAGCACCCUCACUGCCCCUGGGCCGCUCCCCCCGCCGGGCUCCCGCACCCUCACUGCCCCGGGGCCGCUCCCCCCGCCGGGGCUCCAGCACCCUCACUGCCCCUGGGACCGCUCCCCCCCCGGGGCUCCAGCACCCUCACUGCCCCUGGGGCCGCUCCCCCCGGGGCUCCAGCACCCUCACUGCCCCUGGGCCGCCGGCGCUCCCCCCGCGGGGCUCCAGCACCCUCACUGCCCCUGGGCCGCCGGCGCUCCCCCCGCCGGGCUCCCGCACCCUCACUGCCCCCGGGGCCGCUCCCCCCGCCGGGCUCCAGCACCCUCACUGCCCCUGGGACCGCUCCCCCCCCGGGGCUCCAGCACCCUCACUACCCCUGGGCCGCUCCCCCCCCGGGGCUCCAGCACCCUCACUGCCCCUGGGGCCGCUCCCCCCGCCGGGCUCCAGCACCCUCACUGCCCCUGGGCCGCUCCCCCCGCAGGGCUCCAGCGGCCGUCACUGCCCCUGGGCCGCCGGCGCUCCCGGCCACCGCUGAGGCGCCGGGGACGCAGCUCCCUGGAGGGUGGGUAUCCACUAAAACUGCCUACCUGCCUGCAAGGUUAUUUAUUUAUUUAUUAA